AUGGAGACGCAAACAAUAACAACAUUGGCGAGCAAAUCUUCUACAACCACAGAAGCUACUACUAAUUCUAAAACAUCCAUCGUUAAUUUUAACAUUGAUCAACAAUGUCCUAUUCAGUAUGUUACUGUUUACAAUGAUCGUGCUGAAGUGACACGUCUUAUAAAACAUAAUUUUAAUAAUCAAGGUACUUAUGAUCUUAUAUUCGAAGGUUUUUCACCAUCGGUUGACUUAACAUCAUUACAUGUAAGUGGUGGAACAGGUAAAGCUUGUACUAUUCUUGAAGUUUCUUAUCAAACACGUUAUGAAACUACAACAGAAGAAGCAGAUUUAACACCAUUAGAUCAAUUACAAAAUGAACUUGAUAAUGUUCAAGCUAAUAUUGAUAAACACCAACGAGAAUUAACAAGACUUGGUAAACAACGUACAUGGCUUGAUGGACGAGCAUCAAAAUUAAUGAAUCAAGAAGAACAGUUAAAUAUAAAUGAUCUUGAUUUAAUGCAACAAUUUUUGGAUUUUUAUCAUAAAAGUUUAUUAAAACUAGAUAAUGAAACAAUACAUGAAGAAAAUGAAAUAAAAAAACUAACACAACAAAAAGAUGGAUUAAAAACUAAAAUAUAUGAACAUGGUGCAGAAGCACAAGCUAAUCGUCGACAAACAAAACGAGAAGUAACAAUAAGUGUUUAUAUAGGAAGUAAUGAUAUUGAUGUUGCAUUGGAAAUAUCAUAUUUAAUUAGCAAUUGUUCAUGGAGUGCUAGUUAUGAUGUUCGUGUUACUAGUGCAGAAGCAACACGACAAAAAACUCAACUUACUUAUUAUGGUAUUAUUGUAAGUCAAUGA